CCAAAAAACAAAAAUUCGUUUUUUUUGUCAUAACAUAGUUAUAUUAAAAUUAAUGAAAAAGUAUCGUCAUGGCAUCUACAUCCAAUGAUAACGUGCCUCAACAUAUUAUUAUGAAUGCUCCAGAAAAUGCUUCUGAUGAACUUGAACCGGGUGCAUGUCAUGAUAGCAUACUAAACCCCACUGAUUCUUUUGAAGAGUUUGCAUCGGAGAUGAGUUCCAGCCUAAGAGAGACCUGCUUGACUACUAAAAGCAGUACUAUAAGUGAAAUACAAAGUGAAAUCUUGGAAACUGCUGAAGACCCUAAACUGAAAGCAGCGAAAUCAAGUGAUGAUUUACAAACAAAAGAUGGAUCAAUGUCAGCUUCAGCCAGCAAUUCGAACUUAAUUGAGGAGAAUGGAGAUGAUACAGAUGAUGAUCAAGACUAUCUACAGUCACCAGAACUUGUUAAUAAAGAGAAACAUGUGUUCAUACUUAGCACUGCAGGAAAACCUAUUUAUUCAAGAUAUGGCAACGAAGACAAGUUAGCUGGCCUGUGUGGUGUUAUCCAAGCUCUUGUCAGCGUAAUAGAAGAACAGAACCAGGAUAUAUUGAGGUUCAUCAACACGAAAGAUUGUAAAGCAGUAUUCCUUGUUAAGGGACCCCUAAUACUGGUUGCUGUUUCGAAAUCCAAUGAAAGUGAAACCCAAUUAGUUUUGCAGUUGACAUAUGCAUUCAAUCAAAUUGUUUCGCUGUUAACACUAACCCAACUGAAUAGAAUAUUUGAGCAGAGAAGGAACUAUGAUCUGAGAAGGCUACUGGCCGGAGCUGAAAGAUUGAUUGAUCAUUUGCUUGUGUUUAUGGAGAAGGAUCCUGCCUUUUUACUAGGUGCAGUCCGAUGCCUUCCUUUACCAGAAAAAGCCAGAGAGAAUAUCACUAAUGCAAUAACAACUACAUGCCACAAGAUUCGUGAUCUCGUUUUCGCUAUAAUGAUAGCUGGGAAUCAACUGAUAACAUUAGUGAGAAUGAAAAAAUACACCCUGCACCCUUCGGAUAUACAUUUGCUUUUCAAUUUAAUAAGGAGUUCGGAGUCAUUCAAAACGGCCGAGAGCUGGACGCCAAUAUGCCUUCCCAAGUUUGAUGCAACGGGCUUCCUGCACGGCCACGUGUCUUACAUAUCAGAGGACUGCCAGGCCUGUCUACUUCUACUGACCGUACAAAGGGAUGCAUUUACAACUUUAUCCCAAGCCAAACAUACAAUAGCCGAGAAAAUGAGACGGGCAAACUGUUUAGUUGCCAUUAACAAUGCUUUAAACCGUAACGAAGAAUUGUCCACAACGAAACCCCUCAAGCACAUCGGCAUACCGGAAAUAAGGCAUUUCAUGUAUAAAUGUAAAUCAACAGCGCAGUUGUUCUCGUCGGAUCCGAUUAGUUUAGAUCGAUUACAAGAUUAUCGAUUAAGGCACAAAGAAGGGGGCGAUAUAGUCGAUAAGAAAAUAACAAAGUUGUCGGAUAUCGAUUACGUUAGAAACUAUCGGAAGUUUUGUAAUCAGAUACAUUGUGUCGCGACGCCUGCUAAGCUUAUAUUCAGAUCGAGUUCACAAGACACAAUAUUGUCUUGGGUGACAAACGGUUUCGAAUUGUACGUGACGUUCGAUCCGCUUAUGGAGAAGGAUCACGCGAUCAAGGCCGUCGACCGACUCCUCAGGUGGAUAAAGAAAGAAGAGGAGAGGAUAUUCAUAAUGAACGCUCCGACCUUCUAGCCGAAGUCUUUCUUCAGCGGCAUCCUGAGGUCCGGCAGCAGAAACUCCAGCACCGAGGACUCUUUGGCCACUGAGGACGUGUUAUAAAUAAAUUAUCGCAUACCCGCAAGACACAUAGGUAUUUAAAAAAAAAUGAUUCA